CUGAUAGACGGCACUGACUGGCAUCACUGCUGGGCACUGACUGGCGGCACUGACUGGCACAACCCCUGGGCACUGACUGGUGGCAUUGACUGGCAGCACUGGUGGGUGGCACUGGUGGGUGGCACUGGUGGGUGCACUGCUGGGCACAGGUGGGUGCACUGCUGGGCACAGGUGGGCGGAACUUGCGGGUGGUACUGCUGGGCACCGAUCAUCAGGGCACUGAUCAUCAGUGCCCUGAUGAUCGGUGCCGAUCCCCGCUCUGACAACUGCCGGUUCUCGGCAGUACUUUCCUCACGAUCUGACAGCGUGAGGAAAGUGCAGCCGAGAACCGGCACUUGC